ACGAUAGCUUUCAAUCGAAUCUCGCCAGUCAGUGGUAAAAUCGCUAGCAGACUGCGCGGGUCCCAUCACCGUUUUCUAUGACUGCGGUGGUCGCUUUUCUCUACCUUACAUCCCGAAUCCCGAUUGUGUUUCAUUCAGUUCUUUUAUUUCCGGGGCAAAUGUCUUAGAAAGCGGUCGCGGCUGUGCCUGUCGCUGCUCCCAUAAUCUUCGAUCAGCGAUCGCGUGUCACUGCGAUGCGGUGCAUCUUUGUUUUUUUCGCCGCCGUGUCCUCAACUCGAGAAGUGUCAAAUUGGGACAAAAGUAAACAAUGGUUGGCUGAAUAAACAUGGUUACACAUUGGGAAUCCAGUAAAAGACCGCUAUAUUUUAAAACUGUCUGGAAAGAUGGACAACAUCACGUAAUUUUGAACUGCAGAGAAAACAUCGUGCCCAACAAAAAAGUGCCUCCGAAAUGUUCUUUCAACUCAGUGAGAUCUGUAAAAUCUGCUCCGUCAAGCAGUAGCUCACAUUUCAAUGUAUCCACGUUGAAAUUACUGGACACCGAAGAUGUUAAACCGCACAGGAGAUGUAAAACCAGUAACAAAAGUCAAGCGAAUCUUUCUCCAAAAUAUCCGUUUAAAAUUUUUACGAAGCAAGUAUCGGUGAAUAGUGCAGCAGAAAAAAACAUAAAAAACAUCCCCUUAUCUAUAAAUUCCAAUAGCAUAGACCUUGACACAAAAAAUAAAUCUCCAGAAAGUAAGUCAGAGUACAUCAAAGAAGCAUGUUUAAGUCUUUCAAACUUUGAGGAACCUCGCAAUGAAUCUUUAACUGACAGAGUUUUGAUGUGGUUAGAUCUAGCUAUUCAAAGCGGUAACUAUCCCAAGCCAAUAACUAUAAAUCCUCCUCUUGAAACUUAUACCGUUCAACCUGUUACCAGAAAGAGGCAGACAUUCGCCAAGCAUCGUUGCUACACGUCGUAUCACGUUGCUUCUGAUUAUGAAGCUAGCAAAUACUCCUUUCAUGUGGAAGGCACAGCUCAACCCUUGCAAGAGUCCAACAAUCCAAGAAUCGAUACAAAAAUGUCGGAGCAACAGGACGGUCCUGUCUAUAAUGAAGAAGAAGCUUUAGUUUCUUCCAGACUUGAAGAAAACGUCAUUAGUGAAGAUAUUGUCGUCGACGACGAACCGAAGAGAAAGUUUGGUAUGAAGAGACAAUUGCAUAUUUUUUUACCAAACUUACAGAAGAAAGUGGGACUUUAUAACAGUGAUUUAAGUGAUCAGUUGAGUGCUUCUUCUUUUCAGAAAAUUGACGAUUCUAGGGAAAUUUAAUUUUUUCGUGUAAAUAAAUGCUUUUUGUAUA